CAGAGCGGCUCGGGCUGCUCCGGCACUCGGCCCCGCGUUGCGCUCCUGCCCCGGCCGGGAGUGCCCUGUUGCACUAGCCCCGGGGCGGCCGCCCCGUCCCGGCAGCCGCGGGGGGCUCUGCGGCUGCGGUGAGCGGCUCUCCCAAUCCCGGUCCCCGCCUUUGUCGGCGGCGCGGACAGCGGCUGUCCGUCCGUCCGCGCCGGGCGCGUGGUUCCUUUGUGUACAGCAGCUGCUCCUGAAUGCGGAGGCAAAGCCCGUGGCUUGCCACGGAGCUUUUUAAAAAUCAACAGCGCUCUUUUGCCUCCUCUCUUGCCUUCCCUUCUUCCCCCUCCCGCCGAGGCGGACGGGCACCCACCUGGGCUCUGCCCCGCGUCUCACCUCUCCUAUCCUCUCCUUGUUUACCUGCACUUUUCAGCCGCCUCUUCCCCGUCGCCCCCCCGACCCUCUCUCAUCCCGCUCCUCGGGAAGGUUCAGCGAUACGCAGCUCCGGUCCCUCGGCGGUUUGCCCGCGCCCCAGCCCCGGAGAAGGCACCUGAAGGUGGAUCUAUUAAAGCUUCCCGGCUAUCUCUCCAAGUGCACUUCUUGGACCAAAGCACCGGCAUGGAUGUAAGAUUUUACCCGGCUGCGGGGGGCAGCUCUCUUCCCGGAGACCCCUCCAACCUGGACUUUGCCCAGUGUUUGGGUUACUACAACUACAACAAGUUUGGAAACAAUAACAACUACAUGAACAUGGCAGAAGCGAAUAAUGCAUUUCUUGCUGCAAAUGAGCAGACAUUCCAUACACCGAGCCUUGGGGAUGAAGAGUUUGAAAUUCCACCCAUUACCCCCCCCCCCGAGUCAGACCCCACCCUGGGGAUGGCAGAUUUACUGAUGCCUUUUCAGAGCCUUGGUGACCAGCUGCCUGCACAAGCAAAUGAAUUUACACCUCAGUUUCCCCCCCAGAGCUUGGAUCUUCCCUCUAUUACAAUAUCCCGCAAUCUUGUGGAGCAAGAUGGCAUCAUCCACAGCAAUGGAUUGCCUAUGGAUCAGAGUCACACACAAGUUUCCCAGUAUCGCCAGGAUCACUCUCUGAUUAUGAGAUCUAUUGUCCACAUGACUGAUGCUACUCAUUCGGGAAUUAUGCCUCCUUCUCAGCUAACCACCAUUAACCAGUCUCAGCUAAGUGCACAGCUGGGGCUAAAUUUAGGAGGCACUAAUUUGCCACACACUUCUCCCUCCCCACCUGCCAGUAAAUCAGCCACUCCUUCCCCAUCCAGCUCUAUAAAUGAAGAAGAUGCAGAUGAAUCAAAUAGAGCUACUGGAGAAAAAAGAGCUGCCCCAGAUUCUGGCAAGAAGCCCAAGACUCCUAAGAAGAAGAAAAAGAAAGAUCCCAAUGAGCCACAAAAGCCAGUGUCAGCAUAUGCCCUUUUUUUCAGGGAUACACAAGCUGCAAUUAAAGGGCAGAACCCGAAUGCUACAUUUGGAGAGGUCUCAAAAAUAGUGGCUUCUAUGUGGGACAGUUUAGGAGAAGAACAGAAACAGGUGUAUAAAAGAAAAACUGAAGCUGCCAAAAAAGAGUAUCUAAAGGCACUUGCAGCCUAUAGAGCAAGCCUUGUUUCUAAGGCCGCUGCUGAAUCUGCUGAGGCCCAGACAAUUCGUUCUGUUCAGCAAACGCUGGCAUCCACAAAUCUGUCUUCCUCCCUUAUUCUGAAUACUUCUCUUUCUCAACAUGCAACAGUGUCGUCGUCUCCGCAAACUCUUCAACAGCCCCUUCCAAGAGCAAUUGCUCCAAAACCUUUAACCAUGAGACUGCCGAUGAAUCAGAUUGUAGCUUCUGUUACAAUUGCACCAAACAUGCCAACAAACAUUGCUGCCCCUUUGAUAAGCUCUAUGGGAACAAAUAUGGUGGCAAUGCCGUCUCCAUCUCAAGUCAGUCCAUCAAUGCAAAGCCAGCAGCAGCAGAUACAGCAGCUCCAGCAGCAACAGAUGCAGCAGAUGCAACAGCAGCAGCUACAUCAGCAUCAAAUGCAUCAGCAAAUACAACAGCAAAUGCAACAACAGCAUUUUCAGCAUCACAUGCAACAGCAUUUGCAACAGCAUCAGCAUCUUCAGCAUAUUAAUCAACAGCAAAUGCAACAGCAACUGCAGCACAUGCAGCUUCAGCAAAUGCAGCAGCAGCAAAUGCAGCACAUGCAACAUCAGUCACAGCCUUCUCCUCAGCAGCACUCUCCGGUAGCUUCUCAGAUCACUUCUCCCAUCCCUGCCAUUGGGAGCCCUCAGCCAGCACCUCAGCAGCACCAGUCACAAAUACAAUCUCAGACACAGACUCAAGUGUUAUCACAGGUCAGUAUUUUCUGAAAAGAAAUGAUCCUGUAACAUGGCUUUUUAGUGGUGAAGGGGAUAAGAAUAAACCAUAUUUAGCUAAAAACUGUAAAUUGUUGAUGGUAGUUAUGCAGGGAUGCAUAACAGAUCAAAUGAUGCUCUGAAGUGUCUAUUAGAUAGGCAAUAAAGAACUACAAUGUAGCUGUGUAUCAUCUUUUAGCUGACUAUAAAUCAUUUUGUUAAAAAAAAAAAAGCAGCUGUGCUCUUUUUCGUGUGAUGCCUUUUUAAUUUAUUUAAGCUUUACCUGCAAUAUGUGAAUCAAAUGGCCUAAUAAAUACCUGAACCUUAUGACUGCAAAAUGGCCUUGCAGAGUUUUAAGAUACAAUCUUUCUUUCUCUAAAAGUGAGUAGUGCACUUCAAGGCAGUAUGAACUCAUGAAGCCCUUAAAGCACAGUUGUAACUACCUGUAAAAUGAUGAUUGGUUUUCAUACAAUCAUACUUGUGUAACAUGAAUUAGUUGAUGGCAUUUUUGUCAUGGAAAAAAAAAGAGUAAAUCACAGAUUUUUGCCAAAGCUCUUAAGUUUUUUCUCUCCUACAUGUCUUCAGAAUGCAAGUAGCUGAACUUAAAUGUUCGAAACAACCUUUCACUUCAUUUCUACAAAUAAACCUAUCAUAGUCUGUAAGAAAAUAUAUAUUGACAUUAACACUCUUACGUUAAUUCCAGUUACAGAACAAAUGUGAAUAUUAUAUUCUGUGUUGAAGUGAUACGUUUCAGAUGGAAUACACUGUAUUUUUAAAAGGGGAAUGCACUUAAAUAAAACUGUUAUUACAGAAAGCUGAGAUGAAAGCAAGAGUUUUUAAUACGCUGUAAAAGCAGUGGAAUAUUUAAAUGAAACUCCACCGAAUGAUCAAUGUAAAUAUUUUCUUUAAAAGUUGUAAGUUUUCAUAUCAUGUGUUGUAAAGUUUUCAUAAAUGAGGCUUUAAUGUAAACACUGGUAACAUGAAUUAUUAAUUGCUACAUUGCUUAUUGUGUUUUUAUGCUGUUUUAUACUUUUUUAUGAGUUAUGAUAGCAGCAAUUAAGUUGUUUGUAUUUUGCUUAUCUAAAAUAAAUGCUUUUAUCUUGCUAUAGAAUAAACACAUUUCAGUAAAACCAAUGAGCCAUGAGUCUUUGAUAGAAAACUUGGAAACGUUGCCUUAUGGAAACACUUUCU